CAGCCCAUCCAAGACCAUGGAUAAGUACGAUGUGAUUAAGGCCAUCGGAGAAGGUGCCUUCGGGAGAGCAUACUUAGCUAAAGGGAAAUCGGAUAACAAGCAUUGUGUCGUAAAAGAGAUCAAUUUUGAAAAGAUGCCCAUACAAGAAAAAGAAGCUUCAAAGAAAGAAGUCAUUCUUCUGGCAAAGAUGAAACAUCCCAACAUUGUAGCCUUCUUCAAUUCAUUUCAAGAGAAUGGCAGGCUGUUUAUUGUGAUGGAAUAUUGUGAUGGAGGGGAUCUCAUGAAAAGGAUCAGUAGACAACGGGGUGUGUUAUUUAGUGAAGAUCAGAUCCUCAGUUGGUUUGUACAGAUUUCUCUAGGACUAAAACAUAUUCAUGACAGGAAGAUAUUACACAGGGACAUAAAAACUCAGAACAUUUUUCUUAGCAAGAAUGGAAUGAUUGCAAAGCUUGGGGACUUCGGUAUAGCAAGAGUCCUGAAUAAUUCCAUGGAAUUUGCUCGAACUUGUGUUGGAACACCUUACUACCUGUCCCCAGAAAUCUGUCAGAAUGAGCCCUACAACAAUAAAACGGAUAUUUGGUCUCUUGGCUGUGUCUUAUAUGAGCUCUGCACACUGAAACAUCCUUUUGAAGGUAGCAACUUACAGCAGCUGGUUCUGAAGAUUUGUCAAGCACAUUUUGCCCCAAUAUCUCCAAGGUUUUCUCGUGGCCUACAUUCCUUGAUAUCCCAGCUCUUUAAAAUAUCUCCUCAAGACCGACCAUCCAUAAAUUCCAUUUUGAAAAGGCCCUUUUUAGAGAAUCUUAUUCCCAGAUAUUUAACUCCCGAGGUCAUUCAGGAAGAAUUCAAUCACAUGCUUAUAUGCAGAGCAGGAGCGCCAGCUUCUCAACAUCCUGGGAAGGUGGUCCAGAAGUGCAAAAUACAAAAAGUGAGAUUCCAGGGAGAGUGCCCACCAAGAUCAAGGAUAUCUGUGCCAAUUAAAAGGAAUGAAUGGAGACCACCAGCUGGAGCACAGAAGCCCAGAUCUAUAAAAAUGAUAGGAAGGCCCAAACUUGCUGCUGUGUGUGGACAUUUUGAUUACUAUUAUGCUCAACUUGAUAUGCUGAGGAGGAGAGCCCAUGAACCAAGUUAUCACCCUGUUCCUCAAGAAAAUACUGGAGUUGAGGAUUACGGUCAGGAAGAGAGGCACGGCCUAUCCGCAAUUCAAUGGCCUGCUGAGUACCUUCAGAGAAAAUUUGAAGCUCAACAAUAUAAGCUGAAAGUGGAAAAGCAAUUGGGUCUUCGUCCAUCUUCUGCGGAGCCAAAUUACAACCAGAGAGAAGAGCUGAGAAGUAAUGGAGAAGAGCCUAGAUUCCAGGAGCUGCCAUUUAGGAAAAACGAAAUGAAGGAACAGGAAUAUUGGAAGCAGUUAGAGGAAAUACGCCAACACUACCACAAUGACAUGAAAGAAAUUAGAAAGAAGAUGGGGAGAGAACUCGAGGAGAACUCAAAAAUAAGUCAUAAAACCUAUUUGGUGAAGAAGAGUAACCUGCCUGUCCAUCAAGAUGCAUGUGAGGGAGAAGCACCUGUGCAGGACACUGAAAGAGACUUGAAACAAAUUAGGCUUCAGUACAUAAAGGAAAGUAAAAAUCCAGAACAGAGAUAUAAAGCGAAGAAAGGGGUAAAGUUUGAAAUUAAUUUAGACAAAUGUAUUUCUGAUGAAAACAUGCUCCAAGAAGAAGAGGUAAUGGAUAUACUAAAUGAAACUUUGACUUUUGAGGAUGGCAUGAAGUUUAAGGAGUAUAAACGUGUAAAGGAGCAUGGAGAUUAUACAGACAAAGCAUUUGAAAAACUCCACUGCCCAGAAACAGGGUUUUCCAUGCAUACUGCAGCUGCUGCUGGAAACAGGAGGCAGUGGGAUGGAGGAGCGCCUCAGACUCUGCUGCAGAUGAUGGCAGUGGCCGACAUCACCUCCACCUGCCCCACGGGGCCUGACGAUGGCCAAGUUAUUGUGAUUGAAGGCAUUCCAGAAAACAGGAAACAGUGGCGGCGUGAAGCUCCAGGAACUUUAAUGAGUAUUUUGGCGGCAGCACAUCUAAGGAGUAGCUCAUUUCCUGCCGAUGAAGGAGAAUUUGCAAUGGGAACAUUAAAACAAUGGCUACCUAAAGAAGAUGAAGGAAAGGUAGAAAUGGUCUCUGGCAUUGAAAUAGAUGAGGAACAGCUAGAACCAAGAUCUGACGAUGAUGAUACAAAUUUUGAAGAAUCUGAAGAGGAACUGAGAGAUGAAGUAGUAGAAUCCUUAGAAAAACUCGCUACGUUCAAAGGGGAAGAGAAAACAGAUGACGCCUCCAGUGCCUCUCAGGAUUCUGGAAAGUCAAGAGAAAAAGACGGGAUAGGUGUGCAGAAACCUGAAGAAUUAAGUGAAGGCUUGGAGACUAUUUCUACUCUAUCUAAUGACCACAUUUGUAUUACUGACGAAGACCAAGGAACAUCAACAACCAGUCAAAAUGUACAAGUGUGAUUAUUGUACUUUUUCUUAAUAAGUUAGUAUCUGUUACCUGUAGUAUUUGUUUGGGUACAAGUCAUAAAUGCUCAUUUACUGUAAGGGUUUUCUAGUAAUCGCAAGGAUGUAUUAAUUUUUCUUUCAAUUUAGAAAGAACUAACUUUUGAGUGUAGACAUUAAUAUUUUUAAAGUUUCGAUUAAGAAACUUUCAGCUAACACGUGGUAGGCAGAGUAAUGUGGCUCAACACCCCCCUCCAAAACGUGUUCCGUCCUAAUCCCCACAGUUUGUGAAUAUGGCAAAGGAGAAUUAAAGUUGCAGGUGAAAUUGUUUGCUCAUCAGCUGACCUUAAAAUAGGGAGGUUAUCUUGGCUUAUCCACGUGAGUGCAGUGUAAUCACAAGGGUCCUUACGAGUGGAAGAGGAAGGCAAAAGAGAAAAGCAGAGGGAUGGCAGCAUGAAAAGGACUCAGCCUGAUGUUGCUGGCCUUGAAGGUGGAGGACAAGGCCACAGACUAAGAUUCAGACAGCCUCUGGAAUCUGGGAAAGGCAAAGAAAUGGAUUCUUCCCUAGAGCCUCCAGAAGGAACACAGCCCUGCCAACGCCUCGAUUUUAGCCUGGUGAGAUCCACUUCAGAUUUCUGACCUGCAGAACUGUAAGAUAAUAAAUUUAUGUUAACUAAGUUUGUGAUAAUUUGUUAGGACAGCAGUAUGAAACAAACACAAUAUACAGAUUCAUUCAUUUAACGUAAUGAAUCUGCCAUUUUAUAAAACUGAUUUUGAAAUUUCUUGUUACAUCGAAUAUACUUUUUCAAAGCUGACGUUGACACAGGAAUAAGGCAAUUGAGCAAGAACAAGGCAUGGUGUGUUAAUUAUGCACUAAAUGACCAUUUUGUUUUAUUGGAUUAGUUUCCAGUAGUUUCAAGUGUAUAGGUUGAGGGCAGGGACUAUAUCUGGUCUUUAUAUCUUAUAAUGGUCUCUGUAUAUAAAUACAGCUAUUAGCAUAGUCAGAAAUGUUUCUUGAAUUAGUAAAUGGCAAAACAUUUCUUUAUUAAGACUGUAAGCUGUUUGGUGUAGGAAACUAGACUUAAACUUUUUAAAAUUGAUCAUAACAAUUCCAGUGUUGAACAUGUGCCUGGAGCUUACCAGAUGUUUAUUUAAACACUAAUGAGUGUGUCUGGGCUUAGGAAGGAGAAAAUGGUUGUAUUUCAACGUGGUAGAAUUCUGCCUGAAAUAUCUGCUCUAUAAUAAAAGUCAAAUGUCUCAUUGAUGCAUUGUUAAGCUGAGAAAAUGAAGAUGAGGUGAGGUUCAUCAGAUGAUUUCUAAGGUCUGUUUACUAUUUACAUUUCAUAUAAUUUUCAUUAAAUGUGGAGAAUGCAAGUCAUUUGAGUCACCUGAGAUAUGUCCAGUUUGGAGUAUCGUUAGUGGAGUACCUGCAGCUCUUUCAGUGCUCAGUGUGUAUACGUGUUUAUUUACUUUCAGGACUAGUUCAUAGGAAAACUGUUAGUGACUUCAUUUAAUCCUUAUUCUGAACAGUAUUUGAAAGCAAGGGAAAUGAAACAUGAUUCCUAAAAACCCCAAAGAUCAAGUCAACUAAAGGAAAAAAAAGAAUGU